CUAGAGCCACGCUUCCCAAACUACGGUUCGCGACCCAUAAAUGGGUCGCCGAACUUUGCGUUGGGUCGCGAUCAGGUUUGCAAACAACAGUUCAAUUUAUGUGCUCAUUUUCAGACAGUUGAUGUGAAGUUUAGCAGGUCUGCCGACUUAAAACCAGUAUUUUUAGGAAUAAGACGAAGAGAUUUUAAUAUGGCUUCCAACACACAAAUACUACCACUGACAAUGAUUACAGAUGUAAAAUCCAUAAGUAUUGAUAGAGGUCUAAAACCCAAAAUUCAAACCAUGAGGUCAGAGGCAGACGGUAUGGAAAAUAUCCUGACCCCAAACCAGUCAGAAACACAGACUAAUAUCAGAGCUUCUCCACGAAGACAUCAGUUUAUGAACACGCAGCUCAGAAACUCCACCGAAGAAGCCUACAAAGAGAGGCUGCGACAGAAAAUCCUCGAGAGCUCACCAGAUCGUAGAGUUUUACAGAAGUCGAUGAACAGUCCAUUUGUGAGGACUCACGAUAGUGCUGUGGUUGAUAUGACGUUUAUUGAUGCAUCAUCCAUUACAGACCAGAGGGUAGAGGAACUUCAGACAGAGGUCCAGUCUUUAAAAGAUCUGUUAGAGAAGGAAAGAGCAGCUGCAAAGGAACAGAGAGAAGACUUUGAAACAGAAUUGGCUCAGCAAAGUCAGGUGAACAAAGAACUUAAAAAGCUGUUAGUUGCAUCAGUUGGUUCUGAUCUUCAACAACAGCUGGAAAAUCAGACUAGGGAUAAGACGCAGUUAGCACAAGAUCUUGAGAACACCAUCUCAAUUCUCGCAAAGGAACGUGAGAACUUUGAACGUGUCAGCAUCCAAUGUGACGUGUGGCGCAGCAAGUUUCUGGGCAGCAGAGUGCAAGUAGAUGAACUGGUGUCUUUACGUACCAAUCUGAACAUGAUACUCCAAGAAUCGACUUAUACGCUACAGAAACUAAUGGAUGAACGAUCUGAAAUGAGGACCCAUAUGAUGAGAACAAAUAGGUUUUUACAAUACCUAUCGGUUGCACUCCAGAGAUCACAGACUCUCUCCCACACAAACAUUGUCCCAUCGAGCAACGUAAUCACCCUAGCACUUCACAAUGAACAACUAGCCAACUCCGUAUCCACCCAUUUACUGGGCAAUCUAGCUCAGGAGAAGGGAGCUACUAGGAAGGAUAAUGUAUUUGUUGAAUGGACUCAUGCUGAAAUGCUUGCCAAAGAUAUAUUAUUGAAUAAAACCAACUCAGUCAAAAAUGCCACUAUGCCAAGUCACGGGAGCAAGACACCUAAUCAUUCAAGUCAACUUUCCACAGGGGGUGGCACACCUAUGCAAAAGAUGAUUGAUAGGUAUCAUCCACUCACCAAGUAUGAUAACUUAACACUAAACUGUUGUAUAAAUUGUACAGGAGAAAUUAAAGUUUUAUAAUGCAAGAAAUAUUGAUAUAUUGUAAUAUGUAUGGUGUAAAAUUUAAACUUAGGCUUGCUACUUUGGAUUCUUGCCACCUGAUCUGCUAAAAUUUCAGAGGAAUAUCACACCUGAAAAAAAUUGUAUUAUUAAAUGUACAGUAUUUGUAUUUGCAAAAAACACCAUGGGAGAACAUUGUUCACCUUCCACCAACUGACAAGGAAGACUCAAAAAUUAUUGAUAAAGGCUGUCAUUCUCUUUCAGAUUUUUUGUCUGUUAAGUUUUGUCUACACUAUCAAAUGUUAUGCGACAUAUAAAUGUGAUAUGCCCGUAUUAGGGUGUAAUAUGACAUCAUCAUGCCCAUAUAUGGGCACAUCACACAAAUUUGUUACAUAAAAUUUGAUAGUGUGUAUAGUGAUUUAGAGUCAACAUAGUGUCUGAUAAUGUUUGUUCAGAAUUGUCAGAUGAAGUCGGAUGUAUGACUUUCAACAGGUAUGCAAAGAGACAAUUUCAUUUGUUUGAAAUACACAUACAUUAUCAGACAAAUAAUCUGUUAAUCAUUAGUUGUUGAAUGUUUCCUUCAGGGUUUCAGACAGAAAUCUUAAUGUGUAUAUACUUGGCUCAUUCAUAGAGGGCGUAUCAUAAACGAUUAGCUAAAUGGUUCACUCUAAAGCUACUAUGCUGCAGCAAAGUCUCAAGUAGGAAAAAAUCACUUCCGGAAGAUCUAGCUAAAUGAGCUUUCUUUACACUUUAAAGUUAUAUUCCUGGGCAUGGUGAUACCCAUCGGAUUUCCAUGAGACAAUUGAUAAUAAAGUAGUAAAAACAUGCAAAUAUUAUGAAAUUGUAGGAGAUGGGUUUUCCUGGAGAGUCUGGUUUGCUUGCGUGAGUACAGGAGGCCGUCCCAAUUUCCAGGAGACUCUCGUGACUUGCAGGAGAGUUGGGACCCCUGCUGCAGUAAAUUUUAUGGUUUAAUUUUUAUUGAACCCCUAUGAAGACAAAUGCCCAAACACGAUUAGAGGUCACCCAAGCUUAGUGUUAGAAAAAUCGCCAAACUGCUGCCUAUUUCUGAAGUAAACAUCUUUAUAGGACCUCAAAGUUUGAAAAACAACACCAGAAUGUGAUAACGCUUAUCCACAACUGUUUCCAGUAGCUGUCAGUAUGCAUUGUUAAUAUUAUGUGGUUAUUAUUUUUUUUUUAAAUCUAAUUUAAACAUUAUUUAUUGUUUGUUAAUGGUACUAUCAUAUUAGGAAAGCAUAUCAAUUUGAGCAGCAGCAUUUUUAUGGUAGGACUUUAAAUGGUUCUUUAAAGAUAUACUGUUUUACUGCUAAUAAACAAUGAGAAUGAAUAUUUGAAUUUCUUUGAUUUUUUUAGGAAUAUAUAAAAAAAUAGGCAUGCCAUUCCAAAACCAGCAUACUUUUUGCCAUAUGUUAAACUGAGUAAUUAGCACGAGAUUGUGU